UCUUAACGUUACGAUUUAAAUUUUUUUUUUGCCGUAAAAUGUUAUUGUUCAACUCGAUAAAAGAUUUUUAAAAACUUUAAAUAUCUAAAAAUAUCUUUUUAGACUCAACCAAUUUUUACAGUGUUUUUAUGAAAAGCUAAAAAAACGACACAAAAGCGACUUCUAUAUAACAUUUUCAAGCAUGGAAAAUAUCUCAACGUAUUCACGAAAUAAAAAAUGGUAUAAACAAAAAAAAUUUGUAUACAACUUACUUGAUAAACCAAGAACAAAGUUAGCAUACACUUACCACAUUGUCAUUUUGUUAAUCAUAAUUGGAAACAUGUUUCUGAGUUUCGCGUCUACUAUACCCGAAAUCAAACUAAAGUUUGAAGUUCAAUUAUUACUGUUUGUUUACGAGUUUGUUUUGUUGAUCAUCUUCAUCGUGGAAUACUUUAUACGAUUGAGUGUAUGUAGCUCUAAUGUAAUGUACCGCGGGUUAUCUGGAAAACUUAUUUAUAUAAGAAGUUUUUACAUGGUAAUUGAUAUUAUAGUUAUUAUUUCUUCCAUUAUUAUAGUAUUUUCAAAUGUCAAAUCGCCUAAUCUGAGUUUCCUUCGCUAUGUGAGAAUUUUCUUAAUUCUUCGACUGUUGCGAAUGGAUAGAACCAGGGGAGAUUUGCAUACAAUGUGGCAUGCUAUUUAUAGCCAUAGAAAAGAACUUUUGACUUGUUAUUUUUCUUGCAUAGUGGUACUCUUACUGGGAUCUUAUGCUGUUUUCCUUAUAGAAAGCAACAGAGUACCAUCAGAUGGAAGGAUUAAUAAUAUGAUAACUGGCUUAUAUUGGGGAAUUAUAACUUUUACAACAAUUGGCUAUGGAGAUUAUACUCCUCAUACAUGGUAUGGUAAGCUAAUCACAAGCCUGUUAUCUAUGGUAGGGUGCGCUUUUUUUGCACUACCGGCUGGAAUUUUAGGAUCCGGGUUCGCUUUGCAAGUAUCUAAACAAAAAAAAGAAAAAGGUUCAAUUAAAAUAAAAAAUCCAGCUGCACUUUUAAUUCAAUGCGCAUGGAGAGGAUACGCUGUACGAAAUCCAAAUUUGACAGCAACGUGGAGUUACUUCCUUAUGAAAAAAGUUGCAGCCAAAGAAAAAGCGGAAGCAGCUAACCAAAAGGUUUAUGCGAGUAAUUUUAUUGCUUUAGUUCCUGAUAAAGAAGUUAUUGAGGUUGCCAAUCAACAGAUAAAAAAAUCUAAAACCAAAGCACUUAACAAACCAUCUAAUGACAAAAUAAUGGGGAUAAAACUUAAAAAAAAUCCUAAACCAUAUAGUGGUUUCGAGGACCUCAUUGAUAUUUUCCAAAAAAAUCGCGGUUCUAAUAAUUGGUCAAUGGAUAUUCAAAUCAAGUAUAAGUUAGUGUAUAGCUUCAUGACAAUUCUUAAACUGAUUUUAGCUUCUAAAUCAUUUUCAGACACUCGUUAUCCUUACGUCAAUAUUGAACAAGUGCUUCAAACAAACAACAAUACUCUGUCUUGUUCAUUAUCUCAUUUGAGAGAGAUGAAGAGCGUCACUGGAAUGAUUCUUUCUGAGCUAAAUGAUUUGAAAAAAGAAAUAAGAGAGUUAAAAGGUUUCAAAAAUAGUCAGAGAAGGCUUACAAGAUGCAAUUCUGAAAACAUUGUUUCUUAGAUUUUUUUUUAAAGCCUAGUUUUAUAUAUAUAUAUAUAUAUA